GAGAUGUACAAUACCUCAGCCAGUGACUCAUCAAUAAACAGCAAAAGGAAAUUGAAAUCCGGUGAAAGACACAAACAGAAGAGACUCGGUUUAGUACUCCUGUUACUUGUGGGAGCGUUACUUAUAGCGUUCGGUGUGGGACUCUUGGUGUACUUCCUGUUGAUGGACGCUCCUGGGUACUACAGUCCAAACACACACACGGCCAAUGUGGCGGUGCCUUUACUUAACCAGACGUGGCACCCGGAAAUGGCCAACAUGUCCUCUGCGCACUUCAAGAACAUAGCAGACCCGUUCUGCUCAGAGGUGGAUAAAUACUUUGAGAAUGCCGGCUUCAUUUCUGACAAGUACCGGGCCUGCAGUGUAAAAGCUCUCAGCUGCUCCCUUACCCAGUCAUUACCAUUCCAGUUGCCCCAUUACCCAGUCAUUACCAUUCCAGUUGCCUCCUUACCCAGUUAUCACUACCAUUUUAGUUGCCCCCUAUCUCAGUCGCUACUAUUCCGGUUGCUUCCUAUCAUGUCAUUUACCAUUCCGGCUGCUCCCUACCAUGUCACUACCAUUCCGGCUGCUCCCUACCAUGUCAUUACCAUUCCGGUUCCUGACCAUGUCACUACCAUUCCGGUUGCUCCCUACCAUGUCACUACCAUUCCAGUUGCUUACCAUGUCAUUACCGUUCCGGCUGCUCCCUCCCAUGUCACUACCAUUCCGGCUGCUCCCUCCCAUGUCACUACCAUUCCGGCUGCUCCCUCCCAUGUCAUUACCAUUCCGGUUCCUGACCAUGUCACUACCAUUCAGGUUGCUCCCUACCAUGUCACUACCAUUCCGGUUCCUUACCAUGUCAUUACCAUUCCGGUUGCUCCCUACCAUGUCACUACCAUUCCGGCUGCUUACCAUGUCAUUACCGUUCCGGCUGCUCCCUACUAUGUCACUACCAUUCCGGUUGCUUACCAUGUCAUUACCAUUCCGGCUGCUCCCUACUAUGUCACUACCAUUCCGGUUGCUUACCAUGUCAUUACCGUUCCGGCUGCUCCCUCCCAUGUCACUACCAUUCCGGCUGCUCCCUACCAUGUCCCUACCAUUCCGGCUGCUCCCUACCAUCAUGUCACUACCAUUCCGGCUGCUCCCUUCCAUGUCUCUAUUAUUCCGGCUGCUCCCUACCAUGUCACUACCAUUACGGCGGCUCCCUACCAUGUCACUAUCAUUCCGGCUGAUCCCUACCAUGUCACUACCAUUCCGGCUGCUCCCUCCCAUGUCACUACCAUUCCGGCUGCUCCCUCCCAUGUCAUUACCAUUCCGGUUCCUGACCAUGUCACUCCCAUUCCGGUUGCUCCCUACCAUGUCACUACCAUUCCGGCUUCUCCCUACCAUGUCACUACCAUUCCGGCUGCUCCCUCCCAUGUCACUACCAUUCCGGUUGCUUCCCAUGUCAUUGCCGUUCCGGCUGCUCCCUACCAUGUCACUACCAUUCCGGUUGCUCCCUACCAUGUCACUUCCAUUCCGGUUGCUUACCAUGUCAUUACCGUUCCGGCUGCUCCCUACCAUGUCACUACCAUUCCGGCUGCUCCGUACCAUGUCUCUAUCAUUCCGGCUGCUCCCUACAAUGUCACUACCAUUCCGGCUGCUCCCUACCAUGUCAUUACCGUUCCGGCUGCUCCCUACUAUGUCACUACCAUACCGGUUGCUUACCAUGUCAUUACCAUUACGGCUACUCCCUACCUUGUUGUUACCAUUCCGGCUGCUCCCUACCAUGUCACUACCAUUACGGCUCCUCCCUACCAUGUCUCUAUCAUUCCGGCUGCUCUCUACCAUGUCAUUACCAUUACGGCUCCUCCCUACCAUGUCUCUAUCAUUCCGGCUGCUCCCUCCCAUGUCAUUACCAUUACGGCUCCUCCCUACCAUGUCUCUAUCAUUCCGGCUGCUCCCUACCAUGUCACUACCAUUCCGGUUGCUUACCAUGUCAUUACCAUUACGGCUACUCCCUACCUUGUUGUUACCAUUCCGGCUGCUCCCUACCAUGUCACUACCAUUCCGGCUGCUCCCUACCAUGUCACUACCAUUCCGGUUGCUUCCUUCUAUGUCACUACCAUUCCGGUUGCUUACCAUGUCAUUAUAAUUCCAAUGACACAAAGCGGGAAAACUGUGAUGGUGGAUUUCGACCUGUCUUUCGCGGGUCUCGUCACGGAAGGGGAGAUAAUGCGGACGUUACGAGACAGAACGAGAAAGAGAUUUAAGGACGGCUUCCAUGUGAUGUUGAUACGAGACUUUGUUGUAGAUAUCACUAAUAUGAGGGUUCCCAUGCCGCCGACGCCAAUCCCGGAUUACGGUGUCAUAGAUGCGGUGAUGAUAAAUCUGACGGUACGCGUGUUUAACCUGACGUGGACUGAUGAUCUGGCGUUUAACUUCUCUAACGAAUAUCUACGUCACUCUCUGCCAUUCUGUGAGGAUAUAAAGAAAAUUUUCCGCACAAGCCUGCUUAGUCACCGGUAUUAUAAUUGUGAGGUGCAAGGAUUUGGAAAUAACCCCGUCACAGUGAAUACUCACGUGCAAUUUAAGGGUAAACGAUACCCACUCAUGCAGAAUCACGUGAUACAAGUGAUAAAAGAUAAAUCCAAAAAGAUCCGAGUGAAUGACAUCGAACUGAGGAUGAUCGGAACACUUUUAAUUGAGCCCUUUGAUGGCGGAAACGUUGAUAUCAUAGACGUAGGGAUUGACCUCGGACCAGCCUCUACCACUACAAUAAAACCAACGCCAAGCACCCCGGCUCCUGACCAGACCAUGAUAGCAGAACUGACCGUAUAUCUGUACAACCUUACAUACACCAACAAUCUCAAGGACAUUAACUCAGCACGAGCGUCCGGCCUGGCACGAGCAUUCUGUAAAAAUCUGGAAACAUUUUAUGUGCGAAGUGACCUGAAAGAUUCCUUUCAAACAUGUACAAUGACAGGCUUCCUGCCACCAGAUAAGGGGAAAAGCUACAGUAAGGGUCAGUUUUCCCUGAUGUUUAAACAUCCCUGGGGAUUCAAUGUGCACCACUUUAUAUCCCUGAUCAAAGAGAACGCUCCCGAGUUUAUAGUUGACGACAAAGACUCGGAGAUAGACAAGCUAAAGACUUACCUAGUCGGCGACCUUCUGGUCAUCCUGGAGGGUAUAGAGGUCAAGAUCGUAUGGCGAACAGAGGCCACCAUUAUGCCGACGAAGGGCGCCCAGUCCACAUUGACUACGUCCAUGCAGAUAGAUACUCUGACGAAGACCGUUUAUGUCAGUGAGACGCCAACGUUAACCAUGCCUGGAAACUCUGGGACCUCCACGGUCUAUGUUGUGUACGAUGCCACCUAUGCCAACAUGACGUAUGGACUCUACGACUUCAAAUACACAAGCGAUCUAGCCAAUCCAAACUCUCAGCGAUACCGUGAAAUCCAGUCUACAUUCUGUGAUGAAUUACGUCGUCAUUUCAAGUCUGCCAGCGUUUCCAAACAUUUGCAGCAGUGUCAGAUCGACUACUUCGAACGUUUCCCAAGUAAUGUCAACUUCCAUCUAACAUUUUCGGCUCCAAACGGAGAAUACAUACGGGAUGACAUCACACAUGUAUUCAAGAAUGUUGCUCCUCAUGAAAAUCGGGACGGCUUUGAUUUGGUGGAUGUCGGGAAUCUGAAGCUUAUAUGGGACAGGUCUGACCUUGACCUGAAAGUCACAAAUUACACGGUGGACACAAAGACUAUCAAUAUAUUUCCGACAGCGACUAACACCAUGCCUGCAACGACCACCAUUGUGUAUUCGGCGACGAAGGUGGAGCUGACUUGCAAUUUGUACAACAGGACUCUACCUAUUGAAUACUCCGACCGCGCCACGUAUCCGUUUAAACAACAGGAGAAGAGUCUGUGUAGUGAUGUACGAAAGUACUAUAACACCAGUGUACUGAACUCCGAGUUCUUGGAAUGUUAUAUAAUGAAUUUCGGCCUCAAGUCAUCACCCAAGACGAUCACGUUCAGCAGUUACUUCAGUCACGCCUUCACACCCAGUCUGGGGGGUCUGUCGGUGGACAUCCUGCAGGUGAACGCCCCUAAGUCUGUGAUUGCAGGGAAGGACUACUUCCGGUUGGACAAUUUACUCCUGGAAACCGGAAGUUGUAAGGUGCACAUGAAGCCGUCCAACUGGACCAUGGAGGAUCAUUCACAACAUCCCCACAUCUCGACAACACCAGCCUUCCCUGAAGCCACCACUUCACUAACUAUGAUACCCUGCCUACUGAACAGAUGUCAGCACGGCUCCACUUGUAUCCAGACCACACAACAAGGCAAGAGCAACUGUAUCUGUCCUCCAGGCUGGAAAGGAGCUUUCUGUGAAUACGACGUUGACGAGUGUGAAGUGAACAUGUGUCAGAACGGAGGUCAGUGUGAGAACACUCCCGGCUCCUACUACUGCAAAUGUCCAAUGGGCUGGACCGGCAAACAUUGUCAGGAAGACCAGAAUGAGUGUAACAGCUUGAGUCCUUGUCUGUACGACGGUUCAUGUGUGAACACUCCCGGCUCCUACAUUUGUAUGUGUGUACCUGGCAGGACCGGCACAAACUGCGAAUUCGAUGUAAAUGAAUGUAGACAGACCGACAUCUGUCAGAAUGGCGGAACUUGUGUCAACAUUCCGGGAUCCUUCUUCUGCUCUUGCGACCGAGGAUGGACUGGUGACCUUUGUGACGUGGACAUCAACGAGUGCACGCUGAAUGUGUGUCAACAUAAUGCUAGCUGUCUCAACACUCAGGGAUCGUUCCGAUGUGUCUGUCCUACUGGCUGGACAGGGAAAUACUGCGAAUUAGAUGUAUUUGAGUGCGUAGAAUACCAAGGUAUUUGUGCUAACGGAGCGACGUGUAUCAAUACUCAGGGAGGAUAUAGAUGUCGCUGUCCACAAGGCUGGAAGGGAGACAACUGCACUGUCGAUGAACUUGAGUGUGCAAUGAACCCCUGUUACAAUGGCGCCACCUGUGAGGAGGUGGGAGGUAGCUACAAGUGUAUAUGUCUACCAGGCUACACCGGUCAAAACUGUCAGCUAGAUAUCAAUGAGUGCUAUACUUUGACGGGCGUGUGUUCUAGCCGAGGAGAAUGCAUCAACACAGACGGGGGCUAUAGUUGUAACUGCCUUCCUGGCUGGACAGGUCCCAAUUGUAAACAAGAUGUUCUGGAGUGCCUUGCGUUCCCGUGUCAAAACGACGGUAAAUGUGUAGAAUUAGAGGGCUCGUAUCGCUGUGACUGUCCGGAGGGCUUCAUGGGAACCAACUGUGAAACAGAUGUAAAGGAAUGUAAUGGAAACCCUUGCGCAAAUGGCGGGACAUGCUUCGACACUUUCGGAUCGUUCUACUGCGAAUGUCCGCCGGGCUUUACUGGAAAGUACUGUAGAAUUGAUAUUCCGGAAUGUGACGCUGCUCCUUGCAAGAAUGGAGGUUCAUGUGUAAACACGUUCGGAUCCUAUUACUGCACCUGUCCAUUAGGUUGGGUAGGACUAAACUGUUCCACAGGGGUAAACGAAUGUCUACAAUUCCCAUGUGCUAACGGAGCUACAUGUGAGGAUAGCCCCGGAUCCUACGUUUGUCAUUGUCCGCCCGGCUACCACGGAUCCAACUGUGAGAUAGACAAUGACGAGUGUUCCCUCACUAAUCCCUGUAUGAACGACGCCCUGUGUAUCAACACGGUAGGGUCUUACGUCUGUCAGUGUGGGGAGGGCUGGAGCGGACCGUUAUGUGCUGGAGAUGUAAACGAGUGUGUGAUCAAUCCCUGUGAUAACAAUGGUACCUGCGUCAACUCCCCGGGAUCCUUCACCUGCCAAUGUGACCCUGGCUGGACUGGUCAGCGCUGUCGUAUAGAUUUGAACGAAUGUAGUUUGCAACCGUGUCGGAAUGGAGGGACAUGUAUCAACUCUGCAGGCUCCUACCGGUGCGCGUGUCCCCUCGGCUACUUUGGACGACACUGUGGCCAAGAGAUAGACGAGUGUGGACGUAAACCCUGUUCUAAUGGUGCGAAGUGUAUCAAUACCCCAGGUUCCUAUUAUUGUAACUGUAAGACGGGCUGGACAGGACAGAACUGCUCUAAAGACGUCAACGAGUGUGCUGCCUUGGCAGAGCCCUGUCUGUUUGGAGGUAGUUGUGUGAACACCAAUGGAUCUUACGACUGUUCAUGUCUUCCUGGUCGAGGAGGCCCUACAUGUGGUGACGAUACGGACGAGUGCGCACUUUUUGCUCCCUGUAUGAACGGUGCCACCUGUGUCAACAUGGAGGGUGCCUAUACCUGCAUUUGUUCCCGUGGCUGGGCUGGUCAGAACUGUGAUGUCGACGAGGAUGAGUGCCAGACGAAUCCCUGUCGCCAUGGCGGCACAUGCAUGAAUCUGAUUGGUUCUUAUCGCUGUGAUUGUCCCGAGGGUUGGACGGGUAACCUUUGUGAAAGAGAUCUUAACGAAUGCGAGUCGUCGAUGGUGUGUAUGAAUGGCGGCACGUGCAUCAAUAAUCCGGGAUCUUACACAUGUCGCUGUCCUGCGGGUUGGACCGGUACUACUUGUGAACAAGAUUUUAAUGAAUGUGGAUUCCAGAACCCGUGUCUGAACGGAGCUACAUGUAACAAUAUAAAUGGUUCCUUUGUGUGUAACUGUGUGGGUGGCUGGACAGGACAGGUCUGCGGAGAGGAUGUAAACGAAUGCAGGGAGUUGAUUGCCCCAUGUUCUAACGGAGGAACCUGUCGGAACACACCCGGCUCUUACUACUGUGUCUGUCCGCCAGGCAGGACUGGCAAGCUCUGCAAGGAAGACAUUAAUGAGUGUCUACAGUUCCCCUGUCUGAAUGCGGCGACUUGUGUUGAUAUGGAAGGCUCCUACCGGUGUGAAUGUUCCUCGGGAUUUACCGGAAGUAGCUGUCAUUUAGACAUUGACGAAUGUCUGACCAUGAAUCCGUGUCAACAUGGCGGCAGCUGUAUCAACCUGUUCGGUUCCUACACAUGUCAGUGUCCACUCGGCUGGACAGGGGUCAACUGUGAGAACGACGUUGACGAGUGUUCUGUAAUGACCCUACCCUGUCGUAACGGAGGAGAUUGUAUCAACACAGUGGGCUCAUACAACUGUCAGUGUGUAACCGGAUGGACUGGUACAGACUGUAGUCAAGACCUGGACGAGUGUUCACUGAAUAGACCCUGUCUACAUAACGGCCAAUGUGUCAACACCGACGGAUCGUAUGCAUGUCAGUGUACCAUGGGCUGGACAGGCAAAGACUGCAAAGACAAUAAGAACGAGUGUCUGUACGACCCGUGUAGGAAUGGCGGCACCUGUCAGGACCUCGAUGGUACCUUCAUGUGUACCUGUAAAUAUGGCUGGACCGGACCGGAGUGUGAAAAUGAUUUUAACGAGUGUAACGUGAUACCCUGUUACAACAACGCCACCUGUAUUAACACGAGAGGGUCAUUCACCUGUGUCUGCCCCUCUGGCUGGACAGGUAGUCUAUGUAAUGUAGAUUGGGAUGAGUGCCAGUUCAAUCCUUGUCUCCACAACGCUACCUGUCUGAACACUGUAGGAGGAUACCAGUGCUUCUGUCCUCUGGGCUGGACCGGCGAUCGCUGUGAGAGUGACGUAAACGAGUGUGAAGGAGUGAGCCCAUGUAUUAAUGGUGGCACCUGUAUCAAUUCAUACGGAUCAUAUUACUGUCGAUGUCCCAGCGGCUGGGAAGGACACAACUGUAUGACAGACACGGACGAAUGUUUAAGUGUGCCUUGCCUGAAUGCCGGUAGCUGUAUCAAUACGGCCGGGUCCUAUCAGUGUCGCUGUACUCCCGGCUGGGAAGGCAAAGACUGCCGACAAGAUGCGAAUGAGUGCUACUCGAACCCGUGCCUCCACAACGGAUCCUGUUUAAACACUGUCGGGAGCUACAUGUGUUACUGUCCUGAGGGAUGGAGUGGACGCAUAUGCUCCAACGAUACAAACGAAUGUAGUCCAGGGAUGGAUCCGUGUCGGAAUGGAGCCCAGUGCCGUAACCUAGAAGGGUCCUAUAUAUGUGAAUGUACCAAAGGAUGGGUCGGCAAAAACUGCCAGGAAGACGAGGAUGAGUGUCAGAAGGUGCAGUGCUUCAAUGGUGGUAUGUGUAUCAACACGAACGGGUCCUACACGUGCCGCUGUCAGACUGGCUGGGCUGGAGAAAGCUGUUUGGAUGAUCUAAAUGAGUGUGUAGAAAACCCGUGCUAUAACAACGCAACUUGCGACAAUACCCCGGGAUCUUACCAAUGUACAUGUGCUUACGGCUUCAAUGGACCCACGUGUCUACUUGACGAGGACGAAUGCAGGAGAAACCCGUGCAGGAACGGAGCGACGUGUUUGGACAAGCCGGGGUACUACACGUGUGUGUGCCUUGACGGCUGGCAGGGUCCCACCUGUGAACAGGACGUGAUUGACUGCCUGCAGAUCGAUAUCUGUAACUUCCACGGUACCUGUACUGACAUGCCUGGCUCCUACAUGUGUGACUGUGACUCCGGCUGGCACGGAUCUGAUUGUCAGAUCGACGCCAACGAAUGUGCGAACAAUCCUUGCAUGAAUGGAGGCACGUGCAACAACCUACCAGGCUCGUAUGAGUGCGUCUGUGCUGAAGGUUGGACUGGAAAGAACUGUGAAGGGGACAAAGACGAAUGUAGUAAGAUCCAGUGCCAGAAUGCAGGACAGUGUGUCAACAUCAUGGGAUCGUAUCGUUGUAACUGUACUGAAGGCUGGCUCGGACAGUACUGCGGCAUAAACGUGGACGAAUGUUUGUUAUCUCCCUCUGUCUGUUUGAAUGAUGGCACCUGUCAGGACAAGCAAGGCGGCUUCAGUUGUAUCUGUACCAUUGGCUAUAGAGGAGCUUUCUGUGACAUAAACAUCAAUGAGUGCCUGGAAGGUGCCUAUCCAUGCUACAAUGGGGCGACCUGUGAGGACAAUGACGGAGGAUACCGGUGUAUAUGUCCUACUCAAUGGUCCGGUUCACAGUGUAACAAUGAUACAGACGAAUGUUCCCAGAGACCAUGUGACCAUGGCGGCAAAUGUAUCAACACUGAAGGAGGUUUCCUCUGCGAAUGUCCUGUUGGUUGGAGAGGGCCUCUGUGUAAAAAUGAUGAUAACGAGUGCAACAAAGUUCCGUGUUUGAAUGGCGGGACAUGUACAAACACCAUUGGCUCAUUCCGCUGUCAGUGUGCCAAGGGCUGGCAAGGACCCACAUGUGAUAUCGAUGUCAACGAGUGUAUUCAACAGCCUUGUAUGCAUGGCGGGACCUGUCAGAACACUAUCGGUUCCUAUAAGUGUCUGUGUUCGGACCAGUGGAGCGGCCAGAACUGUGAAGUCGAUAUUGAUGAAUGCCGGAACAUUCCGUGUCAGAACAAUGCUUCGUGCACUAACCUAGACGGUUCCUAUCAAUGUAACUGUCUACCAGGCUUCUACGGUAUCUACUGUGAAACUGAUGAAAAUGAAUGCGAGAUUCGCGCUCCUUGCUUGAAUGGCGGUACCUGUCAGAACACAGUUGGGUCAUUCCGAUGCGUGUGUCCCGUCGGUUGGUAUGGACCAACUUGUAACUUGGACAAAAACGAGUGUGACACACGACCAUGUCAACAUGAUAGCACGUGCAUCAACAACGACGGAUCUUACACGUGUCUCUGUAGGUCAGGCUGGUAUGGCCCAGACUGCUCACUAGACAAAAAUGAAUGUGAACAACAACCCUGCACAAAUGACGGCAAAUGUACCAACACUGGUGGUUCCUAUUACUGCGACUGCGCACGAGGCUGGACUGGAAGCACGUGCACAAAAGAUGUGGAUGAGUGCAUCAACAACCCUUGUUUCUAUGGUGGUUCCUGCAUCAACACGCCGGGGUCCUACCUCUGUCAGUGUAUGUCGGGAAGAGAAGGAUCCAACUGUAGAAAUGAUACAAAUGAGUGUCUCAAUAUACCCUGCUUUAACGACGGUCAAUGUAUCAAUACUGACGGAUCCUACUUGUGUCGGUGCGGUGAUUACUGGAAAGGCAAGAAUUGUGAAAUAGAUAUCAACGAGUGCACAGAGAUGGAUUACAGUGUAUGUAUCAAUGGAGGCACGUGCAUUAACCUAGCCGGUAACUACACCUGUCAGUGUCCCCCAGGAUGGUCCGGUCAGAGCUGUAACAUAGAUGUCAACGAAUGUGUGAACAAUCCGUGCUACAAUAACGCCACGUGCCGCAACCUGGACGGGUCCUACAUCUGUCAGUGUACUUCCGGUUGGACGGGACAGAACUGCCAAAUUGAUGAAAACGAGUGCCAGUUCAACCCGUGUGAGAACGGCGGUUCAUGCUAUAACAGACCUGGGAAUUAUGAAUGCACAUGCGUGCCAGGCUGGGAGGGCAAAAACUGUCAAAUUGAUGUGAACGAGUGUCUGACCAUGCCCUGUCUGAACGGAGGUUCGUGUUUCAACAGUGGUGGCUCGUUCUCCUGCCAGUGUCCAAUAGGCUGGCUUGGAGAUAGGUGUGGAACAGACGAAGAUGAGUGUUUGCGCUUCCCAUGUCAAAAUGGUGGUACAUGUAGAAACUUACCCGGAUCGUACAAGUGUGAAUGUACUUCCGGUUGGUACGGGGACGAAUGUCUCAAGGACAUCGACGAAUGUAAGAAUGCCACGUGUCAAAACAAUGGUCGCUGUAUCAACACUCCAGGAUCUGUCCAGUGUCUGUGUGAGAGAGGCUGGACUGGAAAGUUCUGUGAUGUUGAUAUUGACGAGUGUAAUGUCAUGUCCUGUCUGAAUGGCGGUACCUGCGUGAACACAGCUGGAGGCUACACAUGUGUCUGUCCUCCCGGUUAUACGGGUGAAGUCUGUAACCUAGAUCGAAACGAGUGUAUGUUGUUCCCCGGUAUCUGUCAGAAUGGGGCGCUAUGUGUCAACAUCAUCGGUACUUACACAUGUCGCUGUCUGAUUGGGUGGACCGGCACAAACUGUACUGAGGACGAGAAUGAGUGUUUACAAGAUCCCUGUCUAAAUGGUGGGACGUGCAAUAACCUGCCCGGUACAUUUGACUGCAUCUGUCCAAAGAGCUGGGACGGACAGAGGUGUGAACUAGACUACAACGAGUGUUCCGAAGUAGGCAUCUGUCAGAAUGGCGGUCUCUGUAUCAAUAUUCAGGGAACUUACACGUGCCAGUGUCGCACGGGAUGGACCGGAAAUAACUGCGAUAUAGACAUAGACGAAUGUUUAAUUGGACCCUGCCUUAAUGGCGGCACCUGCCAGAAUACACUAGGGUCGUACACGUGUCUUUGUGAGUCGGGUUUCACGGGAGACAACUGUGAAAUAGAUGUGAACGAAUGCCUCUCUGGUCCGUGCCAGUUUGGAGGUACAUGUAUCAACACCGUGGGGUCUUACUUGUGUCAGUGUCCUCAGGGUCGAUCAGGUGUCAACUGUGUCGGAGAUGUAGACGACUGUUUGUCGAGACCAUGUCAGAACGGAGCGUCGUGCAUUAACGAGAUAGGAUCCUACAGUUGUAUCUGUCUCACUGGGUUUACUGGACAGCAGUGUGAGAGCGAUGUAAACGAGUGUGCGCAGUCUCCAUGCCUGAAUGGUGGGACGUGUAUAAAUGGUGUGGGGUCGUACUCGUGUCGCUGCCCGACGGGAUGGACUGGUGACAGAUGUGACAUCGAUGUGAAUGAAUGUCUAGACAGUCCGUGUCGGUUUGGCGGCACCUGUAUCAACCAGCCAGGCUCUUACUCCUGUAUAUGUCCAGCCGGACGUGAUGGACAGACCUGUAUGGGAGACGUCAAUGAAUGUCUACAGAAUCCGUGUCUCAACGACGGAAGCUGUAUCAACAACUUUGGGUCUUAUUCCUGCUUCUGUCCUGUGUUCUACUCAGGGCCGGACUGUGAGAUUUCCAUCGAGACGAUUGUCGACUACUCCUACCCCGUCCUCAACCUCACCUACACACCCUCUCUCGGCAAUAACAACUCAUUUGAGUUUCAGAGGCAUGCUCGAUCCUUCUGUAACGAGAUUGAAACGAUGCUGCGAGGCAACCCAGGACAGUUUCCGAACUUCAAGGAAUGCAAAGUUAAAUCAUUCGGUAACAACCCGGUGUCAAUCGCCUGGGACCUGGUGUUCAGAGGUAACGAGCCGCGUGCGACCCGUGAUGACGUAUGGACCUACAUUAUGCAGGGUCAGACCCCGGUAGUGUUCGGAGACUCCCUAGGAGUAGAGAUUGGAGACCUCUUCCUUUUCUUUGACAAUUACACUACUACUGGUGUGAACCUUGAUCUUCGAUUCCUUAAUCUCACAUAUUCACAAAAUCUUGCAGAUCCGAACUCGUUUGAAUACCAAAUGGUCGAACGGAGUAUUUGUGGUGAUAUUGACAGGUUCAUGAAGAGGCGUCCGUUUGAUUUCCCACAAUACGUCAAAUGUAAAGUUCGCCGAUUUUCGAACAACCCCGUUAGAGCCAGUGUUGACCUUACUUUCGAAGGCGAAAGACCUUCACAGGUACUGCACGCUAUGUUUUACGAGAUUCUCCUACGUGAGCGACCUUUGACCCGAUUCGGAAACUACCUCGGAUACCUCAUUGGAGACUACAUGGUAUACUACCAGGACUACACGGACUUUACCCGAGUUCCUCUCACCUUCCGGGUCCUCAACCGAACCUGGACCUCCGACCUCGCCGACUCAAACUCAUUCGCAUUUAGGGGUCACGCAGAAUUAUUCUGUAGAGAUAUAGAACAGCUGAUUAAGAUGCACCCGAAUCUGUUCCCUACUUAUGAGUCAUGUGCGAUAGAGUCAUUCGGCCAAAACCCUGUCACUAUCACGGCAGUCCUUCAAUUCGGCGGAACCUUGUCCGUACCAAACUAUCAGCAGAAUGUAGCAGGAAUUGUUUUCGAAGACGCACCCCGUUUCCGGUACUUUGACGCCAUUGGCCAUCUGGUGGGCGAUCUAUUGGUCUACUACGAUAGCUGGGAGUAUAUCUUACACGAUGCAUGGCUGUCCAACACCACAUUUUACAUCCACAAGUUCGGAUACUCCAAUGAAUACAGUAAUCCACAGUCAGAUCUCUUCGUGAACUUCCAGGAUGUGUUCUGCGAUGACAUUGACAAUUUCUUCCGCCAGAGCAGUUUGCGGGACAGAUAUUACCGAUGUUUCAUUGAAAAUAUUGGUGGGACGGACCCUCACACUCUCACGUUUAAGACCGUGUUCAAUGGCACGGCCGAGAUUCCACAGAGCCUACUGCUAAAGACUAUAAGUGACCAGGCGCAGCACUUCCUGAUUGAGAACAAGGACAUGAUGUUCAUUGGUCAACAGCUCGUUUACUUAGGUGGAGGCUGGGAAAAUAUUGCCAUCAACAUCUCCGACUAUCUCACCACAAUGAUACCGCCGACAACGGAGAGUCCAGUAAACACCAUUGUGAACAUUUCGUUCGUACUGCUGAACUUGACCUACUCUGAACAACUGAAGAAUAAGAAUUCGGGAGAAUUUCAGGCUCUGUCAGGCCCGUUCUGUGAUUACCUGAAUAAUCUUUAUCAAAACCGAGACAGAUUCGAACAAUACUAUCGCUGCAGCGUGGAAUCGUUCACAAAUUCUCCAGACAAAAUAAAUUUCCUUCUGCAAUUCCGAGGUGAUCAAGAUCAGACGUUGAAGGACUUUAUAUUCGGGAUACUGAUAGAAAACGCUCCUAGGACAACAGUGAAUGGUCAAAUCGCCAUCGUGGUGGGGCCGCUGGCGGUAUUCGAAGAGUCCUUGAUCUUCCAGCAGCAAACAGUUUCGGCUGAACAGACACCAGGGGCGCCGUCAUCUAAUCCAUGCAAGGGACUCACGACGAUUGGUCAGGAUUACUUCCGCGGCCCCACGUGUAGAGAUUUCGUCGUGUGUAUGCUGGAGGAAGCAGUGCCGCUCAAUUGUCCCGCUGGAAUGUCCUUCAAUUCUGUUCAGGAAAAGUGUAUUGAAGACCCAAGCUGUACCUAUCCAGACGGAACGACACUCUCGCCGCCGAUCACGCAAGCUGGCAUGACAACGCCCCAAAUCUACGCCGACCCUUGUAAACCCGGUCGACACAAUGAGUACUUCCCCGUCCCUGGGGAUUGUCACAGCUUCUACGUGUGUUCCUUCGGUACCACCUAUAUGUUCCCUUGUCCAGGGUCCACGGUGUUCUUCGUCAGUAAAAACAUAUGUGAUAACAAUGAUGGAACGAUAAUAUGUUGAGUCAAGUUGCAAGCCGACAAAGACAGUUUAAUUUAGUACAUUUCGUUUGAGCAGAUUAGAUUAUAUAGUGACAUUGUAAAUGUUAACAGAUUAUUUUUAUAGUGAUGUUAAUGUUAAU